UUUCAAUUAUUAACACUCUUUGUUUCCAAUUGAGAUUUUAAUAUAUUGCAAAAUCUUUCAAUUGGACUAGUCGAGGCAUAUAAAAAUAAGAAUGUUGAAUUUUUGCCACAUUUUGAGCAACGGACUGGUCAGUCUAGCUGUGAUCGGGGACUCGAGCGCUAAGUAGACACCAUGGCUGCACUCCUGAAAUACUGCUACGACAUGCACAACUACCUUUUUAUAGAACUUGCAGAUAAGGAAAUCAGCAAUUAUAUGCUGAUGGGUUCACCUCUCCCAAUGAUGCUGAUAAUUGGCAUUUACUAUUACUUCAUAUUUUAUGGGGGGCGCAAGUUGAUGGAAAACCAUAAGCCAUUCAAGCUUAACAACAUCAUGGCUGCGUUCAACAUAGUACAAAUAAUUGCCAACAUGUUCCUAGUCGUUAAGAUCUUUCCGAUAAUGUUCAACAUUUAUAAAAAUAAUAUGUUCUGUUUAUCCUUCGAGAACAUACCAAAUUCCGAUAAACAUCAAGUGCUUUCGCAGUUGAGAUAUUGGCGUUAUUUCUAUGUAAUGCUAAAAUUAUCCGAUUUAUUUGAUACUGUUUUCAUGGUUUUAAAAAAAAAUUACCAUCAAAUUACAUUUCUCCAUGUAUAUCACCAUGUUGGAAUGUGUAUCGGUACCUGGCUUAUAGUAAAACUGACCAGUUCUAAUCAUGAAGCUUUUACUGCAGGCAUAAAUGCCAUCAUACAUGUUACCAUGUACACAUACUACUUAUUAAGUCUUUAUAAUAAAAAUGUGAAAUCACUUGGGUGGAAAAAAUUUAUCACACAGUUACAGUUGAUCCAGUUCAUUCUUAUAUUUUACCAUCAUGUAGUUACAAUUUUAGAUCCAAACUGCUCAGUUCCGAAACUACCUAUUUUAAUUUAUAUGACGCAAGUCGCUUUAAUGAUAGUACUCUUUUCCCAAUUUUACUUCCAAGCUUACAUAAAGACGAAAAAAUUGAACAAACAAGAUUACAAACAGCACUGAUUCACUGGAGCUAUCCCAUUCGCAGAAUUAUUAUUAAAGUGUAUAAUUAUUCGCAAAUUUAAACAUUACAAAACAUUUUGUAAUUGGAAAUAUCCCUCCUAUGGAGAAGAUACGUUUAAAAUUGUAUAUAUAACAAAUUUACUGCUGAUGAAUAAUACAUUUAUGAAUUACAGAUAUAUUUUUUAAUAUUAAUUUUAGAAUUUGAUUUUUUAAAUAUAUUUGUAUAAAGAUUGAAAAUGCUGAUUUUACAUGUGAACCUUUGUAUUUUAGUGAGUUCUUUUUAUUCGCUCAGCUUAAUUUCGCAGUAUUGGAAUGUGUUUUAUGAAUUCUUAAGUUGAUCCGGCUUACUGAAGACCCAGAAUUACCACUUGCUGCUUUAUACCAAUAAAACCAAAUCUGCUUUGUAGCUUUACUGGUGCAAAAUGUGGAAAAGACUCUUCAAUAGGCCUUGAAUUAUACAAAUCUACUAUAAGAUCCAUAAUGGAUUUCGGAUCAAUAGAGUAUGGUCAUGUCUCCAAAACAGAAAUUAAAAAAUCAACAUUUUCAAGAUCAGAUAUAUAAAGAUAAAUUAAAUAA